AUGGAGUGUCCACUCGCCACCCCCUCCUCUUCUUCGGAGUCGAGCACGAACCUGCUGAGCCCCUUGAACCCCGAAAUCACCGAAAAUGAGUGCGACAGGGCGAGCGACAGCGGCCUGACGACGGCGAGCAGCAACAGCGGUGAUAACAACUUCUGCAGCGCCGUGAGCCCCGUCGCCGCCGCUGCCGCUCCCGCUGGCCUUGUCGGGGCGACCAUUGAUAUUUCGCGAAUGCGCAAGCAUGAGAGGUACCACAUCAAGGAGUAUCGCUGCGACGAGGCCGGCUGCGACAAGGCCUUUGCCACGCAAAAGGACCUCAAGCGGCACAAGAAGACGCACGAGACGCUUGACGGCGACAGCGCCGGGUACCGGUGCCGCGUCCCCGGGUGCCGAAAGGCCAAGACGGGGCAUGUGUACAACCGGCGUGACAACUUUGUCAGGCACCUCCGGACGAAGCACGUGGGCAUGGAGUUUGACGUCAGAGAGGAGGUUGAGAUGAUGUACUGA